AUGGCCCAAACCAAGGACCACCACUACUGGAAGCAGCUCCGAGAGACACUCACAGGAGGGCGGUGGGAUCACGCAUUCCCUGCGAAGACUCCUAAGGGUGCCGCGCUAUCAUGGCUGGAGCUUCUGCGUAAAUUCAAUAAGCAUUGCGUGGGCCACACUCAUGUCUCCGAGCUCGCGUCACAGACGCAGGCACUGUCGCUUCUGCUUUCCGCAAACUCGGGCCUCGACGCGAACUUGGCCGAACCGCAGGGGCCUCUCAUCCUUGGUGACGAAUGUGUACUCCCGGAGGAAAGGCUGGUCGAGGCAACGGCGGGGUACAAUGCACUGAAAAGUCUCGAGUCUACUGGUUCUGAUUCAAUCAGGCUUGCGGUCGCAUACUACGCAUACGCGCUCCGUCGUCCGUCCGAGUGCUUACAGAUCCUGUCGCAAGUCAAGUUCCUCAGCGAUGUCCAGAGUCGCACUUCUGCAACAAGCACCCCGCGGGCACAGUCUCUCAGGCUGCGCAUACCGUCCGGAGGGCCGGACGGGUCUGUCUCCUCGGCAUGGUCGGGCAGCACCGUCUCUGGGAUCUCGAUAUCCUCCGUGGCUGAGAUCAGCGACGGAAGUACAUGGGCCAUGACGGAGACGAUUCGGAGCAUAUGUCUUCAGGGCAUGUCGCACGAGACAAUAUCUGUGGAUGCACCGCAGAGCGCAUUCGACGCGUACCUGGUCGCGCUGCCACUCAUCACCAGCGUCGCGUCCGAGAUUGCACCUUAUAUCGCGGGCCAGCCACCGCCAGCCGCAAGCAACGGCGUUGGCGCAAUCGACGCUAGCCCGUUUGGGCGUUAUCGCGAGCUGUGGCGGUGGAUUGAACGGCUACUUCGGCGUGCGGUCAUUUUAGGUUCCCGCCUUUGCGAUAUCAAGUCGCAUGGACCACCGCAUAACGUGUUCUGGCAGAUCCUUGAUCUCUACCGUACGUGCAGCGCCUACUGGCCGCCGACGUUCCGCCCACAUCACAGGGGGGCGGUCGCUGUCAUACACCUGCGUGCGUGUGUUCUGCGGGUCAAUGCGUCGCCGGUAGCGCAUCCUACGGCGAUGACACGCCAGGGCGACAGCAGACCAAACCUCUGGAUCAGUGCAGCGCGCUCGGUGGUCCAGGAGUACCGUACGAUCCUGAGCCUGAGCACACAGUUUCCGCGUGCAGGCGAGCGCAACACGAAAGUGGAAGAUCUGGUCGACUUGUGCGUUGCGGUGUGGGAGGCUGACGGUGCCGUCGGGGAGUAUGCCGGAUGGGUGAUCGAUGUGCUGUGGUGGGCGACACGACUCACGUUCAACUCGUACAAGGUGUUCCGCCACAUGACGCGUCUUUUCUAUGUGUCCGGCGAUACAGAGCUGGCGAAGCGGACGCUUCGUCUGUAUGUACAGGUCGUAAGCAAGGCGCGCGAGACGCGCUUCGCAGAGGAGAACACUAGCGGAGCGAUGAUGGUGCACGACGACGAGACGGACACGGACCGCAACUGGGUGCAGAUGCUGACCCAGGGCGCGCGAAUGUUGUGCCGCUUGGCUAUGGCCGAGAGCGACGGGAGUAUCGCAAUGGAUGAGGCUAAGGAAGCUGGCGUUAUGGUAGAGAAGGCGAAAACGCGCCUCGAUCCGAACGAGAAGGACCUGGUCGCGAAUGUGCAGCUAGCAGAAGGCAUAUGGCUCUCCACCAUGGCAUACGCAGAGCGGGACCCUCGAAGCCGGAUGUCCCGUUUUGCUGACAGCCUAGCGUGUCUUCUGGCCUCUGCAGAGACCUAUCUCACCCCUUCCGUACACUAUCACCUUGCACUGGCAUAUGCCCGCCCAGGCCAGUUUCUGGAUCUGCAGAAGGCGAUUACACAUGCACGGUCGGCUGUCGAGGAUGAACCAGGAGAGAUCCGGCACUGGCACCUUCUGGGCCUAUUAUUGACCGCCACAGGCGAUUGGAAAGCUGCUCAAAGUGUCCUGGAAGUCGGCGCUGGUGUCUGCGAAGUUGAGCUCGCGGAUGACGGCACGGCGACGCAGAAGGAUGCACAGCCGAAUGGAGUCAACGGUGUCUAUCCUUCUGCCGCUCAUGUGAACGGUUCGAACGGCGAUGCGACAGAUGGCCGCAUGGACUCGAGUCCGGUCGACCCCAAGCCGGAUUCCAGCUCGGGCGGAUCCAUGACGGUGUUGGAGAGCAACGCUGUCGAUUUGCCGCCCUCCUGCACGCUAUUACGGCCGAUCCCAGACCGACCCGCUCCGUCUCGCCAUGAUGCGUUUGAGCAUGCACUGCAAUUGCGAAUGACACAACUCGCGCUGGCUGAGUUUGUGGAAGGACCGGAGGGCGCUGGUGACCGAUGGGUAGAGGUAUUCCAGUGGUUUUCUGAGAGACGAGAGGUAGGCGCUGAUGAUCUACCCUCCACAGAGCAACAGGAGACAGCGCGCCCCAAUGAGGCACGCACAUCACAAAUUCACUCCCCUGCCGACGCGAUGUCGGACCAGAUACCCGUCCCGCCCACACCGAUACCCAUCACCGUAACACCCGCGUCGCCCGCUCUCAACGAGCAUCCGGAAGUGCGCGAGCGAAUGUCUCACGAGACACGCUCGUCCUCGUUCGAGGACCAGGGCAGAGAUAUGUCGAGAGGCAAAAAGGUACGCGAGGUGCUGAAGGAUCGCGUCCACAAAGGCCAGGCCGGUAUCACAAGGAUAUCGAAGAAGAUCGGGCAUAAUGUCGGGAGGCAUGGUAGCAUACACAUAAAGCGCUCCAAUUCCGCUCCAGAUCUCCAUGCUGUACUUGGGCACUCGCCAUACCAAGCAUCUUCAAUUCACUUACGCCAUCAACUGAGCGUCCACGCUUCACAACAGGACCUAUCGCUACUAGAUGCGCCGCCUCCGCCACCUCCGCCACCGCCACCGCCUUCGCAGUCUCCUGCUUCUGCGUUGCGUAGACAGACGGAUCGUGCGACGCGGGACCGUCGGCUACUGAGUAACCUAUGGUUAAUGUCUGCGGCGACUUUCCGGAGACUGGGCAAGAUCGAACAAGCGCGCGCUGCAAUACAAGAAGCAGAAGUCAAAGACGACGACAAUCCUGCUGUAUGGGUGCAGCUUGGGCUGUAUUAUAUGGCUUUAAAUAACCACCGUCGAGCACUUGAAGCAUUCCAGAAGGCGUUGUUCAUCUCUCCUGAGGACGUGUCUGCCACCAUACACAUGUGCCGGUUGUAUCUCACAUCGAGUACGUCGGGCAACAACGUCUUGGGCUCUGAUCGGGACAACGUGGACCUGGCGGUCGGUCUACUGUCGGACCUCACACGAGGUGCUGGCUGGGACGUUCCUGAAGCAUGGUAUUUCCUUGCGAAGGAGUAUGGGCUGCAGGAGCGCAAGGAUAGAGAAAGGGAGUGUCUCAGUUUCGCGUUGACGUUGUCCGAGACACGGACGUUGAGGGAUCUCGGAACAGCUGUAGGCUGGUGUUUAUGAUGUCGUCAUUCUAAGAUGCGUUCACUUCUGGCACCUAGCCUCUAAUCGUACCACCCUAUUAUACGAUCUACUACUGGAUUGCUGAAGAUCUAUACAACCUGACGCGUCAUCACUGU